UUUCUUUUCUUUUUAGAGGGACUGAAAAACUAUUUGCAAACUGGGUCAAAUUCAGUACAUGAUUUUGAGUAAAAAGCACCUUUUUUGAUAAAGUAAAAUCAAAUUCUCAAAAUUUUUUGACUGAAAGCAGCUUUUGUCAUGCAUAAUUUAUCCAAAUUGGAAAAAAAAAAAAAAACCCCAACCUUUAAAUGGUAUUGAAUAACAUGAAGCAACACAAAAUAUUUUGCUUGUGGCAAAUAUUUUAGGUGAAUGAAAACUGAAAUUUGGGAGGUUUGUAAUACAGGAGUUACAUUACAUGUUGCAGGUUAGUAGUAGAAUACUGAUAAGUAUAGUUGCACUGGCAUUAUUUUUAGGUUGAAAUGAAAGCUUUUCAUCCAGAUAUGUCAGAGUUCUGUUAGAAUUUUGCAGAAAACCUGUCAGGCUGUUGUCUGAAUGUGCAUACAUACUGCAGUGUGUUUAAGAAAAAAAUAUUUCCUCUUGCAUUCGGAUCACAAAUGUGGCAGUGUUUGAUUUUUCUGUGACACAAAUAUGGCAGUGAUCUGUUUGUUUUUUCUGUGCACCAGGCACCCUCACUCGAUGUAUUUUAAAAUGGAAUUUUAAUGCAACAUUAUUGAAGCCUGUAACUUUUACAUCAAUUGAUAUCAUCUGAGGAUCUGGGUUUCUGGUUGCACAGAGAGGCUUAAACUCUGGCCAGCUUUCUUCCCUUCCUCCCAGCACAUUUUGAGAAGUGUACUUGUACUUAAAAAUGAGUGUGAACAGCACCUGAUCAGAAUAGCCCAGAAGGAAAGUCCUGUUGCAACACAUAUGACAUUUCUGAAUCAACCAUUGCAUGAAGAUAUUUGCUAGUCUGGUGCAUAUUGGAUUUUGACUUGAGAAUGAAAACAACUAUUGAAAUAUCAGUAUUUUCCAUAGGGUGGAAACACCAUUUUUCAGUCAUCUCUAAUUGCAGUUAACUGAUUCAGAAAAUAGAAUAUUGAAGAGACAUAAAUGAAUGCAUAAAGGAGAGAAUGUCAAAAAGGCCAACAAGAAGAGAAUUACUGGGAGUGCAGAGGUCAGUGAGGGAAAAGGAGAUGGCUUUAUGGGCAGGUUAGAGAGAGUCUCAAGACAAAAGUGCAGGUAAAUGGGGUGAAGAUGGAUGGAGAAAGGAUCCCAGCGAGUCUUCCAAGCCCAGCUUGUAGUAUAAGACGGUAGUUUCCAGAGAACAACAGCAGCAAAGAAAACCACCUCUGACCUUGUCUGGCAGGACUCAACCUCUCUGAGUAGGAAGCUAGAGCUCUGGAUUUUCUGUCAAACAGGCAGGAUGCCAUAGGGAGAGGGUCAAAAGAGAUGAUAUAAUCAGGAAUAGGAGGCAAUACUGCUUGAACCUCUAUAACCAGGUUGACAAAAAGAGAGCAAAUAUUUGGUGAUAAAAGCUAUAGAAGGCUAGUGACAUCAAAACACUGUGGGAGCUCUCAGUCUUUUGUGGCACAUCAACCUGCUCUUCAUUUUAAACUCUUAGCAGGAUUCUUCCCCGCUUUGACAACAGCGUCACUCGUGUGCUUGAGCAGCAUGUCUGUGUCACUCUGGAGUGAAAUGGAAAGUUCCUUGUACUCUUCAACAUGUGUUGAUUUGCUUCAAAACAAGGAACCUGCAGUUCACCCAAACACAGGUUCCCUUUUUGUUGUUAAUGACCGAUUCAUGACAGCAACAUCAGAAAGUAAGAUAUAUUCACUCUCACGUCCUCUGAGGCCUCUUGGUCGGGGGUGCAGCAGUGUAUCAGUAGUGAAUCUUUUGGUUGUGACAGAAUCAACAUGAGUUGCAGCAGGUGCUUGUCCAAAAUCAGCUGCAGCCUUGAGACCUGAGCAAAGUCAUUGGGAUUUUGGCUGUGUGAGCACACGUGUGCGUCGUUUACACAGUAUAAUGCAAAACUGCCUUGCCAGACUGAGGUCACUUAUGUAUGAUAUCUGACUGCAGAAAAGUUUCAGUGAUGUUCUUACCCUAACCCAUUUUCAAGCAACAGCUGAAAGAGCUUUUGUCAUAAUUCUCUGCUAUGAACCAUAUAUAUUUUGACUGGAAAGCUUUUGGACAACAUGCAGCUGUGUUUUUUUUGUGUGGACCUGAAAACAAUGGGUUUGAAUGAAAGCAACCGUCUCAGUCUUACCAAUGAAUAGCUGCCCAUUUACUAAGAAGUAGCUAACAAUUGAUACAAAAUAGUUUGUUAAAAAAAAUCAUAUAGUUAUGGAAUAGCCUAAGUUGCUAAAUGCCUCUUCAGAACACUGUGUCCAAAAAACAGGAAAUAAACUUGCAUGGUUUUGAUCACUUACAGUAAGAUGAUUGUCCUUUUUGUUCCACUACAGAAGUGGAGUUACCCUUUGGGAAAUUAAAAGUGUGGCAAGCGUUAGGAAUCACUUCUUCAGGUUGCUUCCUUAGAACAGCUGAUGAAGACUAGAUCAUGAACUUUCUUAUACAUGCUGUUGCCUUUAUUUUUCAGAAAGUGUUGUAGAGCACGCAUGUGCUCCCUAGCAAAGCCGCCUUCUCAUUCUCUGUGGAUAAGCCUAUAAAGGUGUAGCAGGUCUCUAGCUAAUCUUUGUGCUAGGUAGCUGGGCAUGAAGGGUGAGCAGCUAGAGAUGACUGGGAAAUGGUGCUAGAGAUCCUGGAUUUCUAAAACUUGUUUGUAAACAGUAGCCUUUAUUCUCACGACCCUUUCUGUUUUACUUUCUUCAGCAUGAGAAUGCUGCUUGACCUGGAGUCUUUUUUAGAAUUUCUGUUUUCAAAGGAAAUAAAGAUUUUGCUUUGGGUUCUCUUUGAAGGGACUUGCACAAUAAUUUGUGAUUCCAUGUCAUUUUCUUUGCUUUCACUUUCUGCAGUGCCAAUGCCUUCUGCCAGAGAUGGCUCAGACCCGAGCAGUUCUGGCUGCACUCCUUUUCUUGUUAAUCAGCCUGGUUCAAAGGUCAGCUUAUAAUACAGUGAACGUGGAGGCUGGUCAUGAGGCUGUGUUGCGUUGCCCUUACUUCUCCAAAAUGCCUUUGCUAAUGGUGACAUGGAAGAUGAAAUCCAGCACUUACUGCUCGUUGGCCUAUAGAUACGAUAACAAUGAGACAAGAAAGUUAAACUGCAAUGAGAGGAUGACAUGGAAAUAUUCACCUGACAAUGACCCUGCUCUUCGUAUUUACCCUGUGAACCUUGGCGAUGAAGGAAAUUACACAUGUGAAAUUGUCAGCAGUGAGGGGAAUUUUAUUUUUUUCUCUUCUCUGACUGUGAUAGUCCCUCCUACAGUGACUUUGACCUCUGACAGGAGUGGGGUGGCUGUUUGUCAAGCCUCUGCAGGAAAGCCAGCUGCAGAAAUCUCCUGGAUACCUGCAAAUAACCACAGUACUGAGAAAGAAGUUCAUCAUCCCGAUGGAACAGUAACCAGAGUGAGCUGCAUAGACUGGGACAGCAGCAUGCAUCCCACUGUGACCUGCCUCGUUACCCAUCUAGCUACAAACAAGUCUCUGUCCUUAGAUCCAUCAUAUGUUUCCCUCAAGCUUCACUAUUUCCUGAUAGGAGGAUCUGCAAGUGUUGCUGCUGUCAUUGGUGUUGGUGUGAUUUUAUGCUUGAUUUUCAGGUGCAAGGCUUCCCGGUUACAUAAAUCGGCACUUGGGCCAGCAGCGCCAUUUGCAACUAAGAACUUGAGGUCAACACCACAGCAUGAGGAACCACGUGCAGUCGAGCUUUCUGUUUUAUCAGAGAGUGUCUAUGAGAAUUACAAUCCAAGGAUUAUGUGUAUGAACUCUUAACAGUAGAGGCACAAGCAAUCUAAUAUCAGCUCACCUACUAAUGAUCUUUCCUCAAAUCAAUAAUUGACAUACUUUUGUGCCAAAAUAACAGACUGAUGGUGAAAAUAUAGCACUUUUUUCCAUUUUAGUAACUGGGUUCCCUUUGCAAUUUUGUGGUGGAAGCCAGCAAGUGACACAGGGGACCCCAAAACAAAGAAGGCCAAGGAGCCCCAUCCAACAGAAAUGUAGAAAUAGAAGAGGUUUUCUGUGUGCAUAGUUACAUGUGGCAGAUGACAAUCUGGUAUUUGUCAUCACUGUUUACUUUUUUUUUCUUUUAUAGAUUUCUUUUUGAAUUAUGUUCUCUGUUUACAUUGAUAAUAGCAGAAACAAAGCCACUUUGAAUUUGUACUUGCUAUGGAAAUGAGAAAUAGCAAUAGGCUAUUUUCUAAGAUUGAUUUUGAAGUCAGCAUCUAAAUAUGCAAAUAUUUAUCUAAAAUUAUUUCUGGGACUAUUUGGAGCUAUUUGGGUAUGUGUUUAUUAACCAGUUUCUUAGAAGGCGAGAUCACAGCAUGGUUUUAUGGAGAACAGUGGUGCUGAGUUGUGAAAAAUACUUGUAGUGUGCUUAUUUAUAUAAAAAAAAACAAAUCCCAA